GGCGCCCUGGGAGCCGCGAAGGAGCAUGCGCGGAAGCCCGCCGGAGCGCGGGGCGCUGGCGCGGCUUCGCAGCCAUGGAGGAGAAGCGGGGCCGAGACGAAGACCUCGGUCCCAGCCCGUCGGUGCUGUUCCUGCACCCGGACCUGGGCGUGGGCGGCGCCGAACGGCUGGUACUGGACGCGGCGCUGGCGCUGCAGGCGCGCGGGUGUAGCGUGAAGGUCUGGACGGCGCACUACGAUCCCGGCCACUGUUUCGCGGACAGCCGCGAGCUGCAGGUGCGCUGCGCCGGGGACUGGCUCCCGCGCGGCCUGGGCUGGGGCGGCCGCGGCGCGGCUCUCUGCGCCUACGUGCGCAUGAUCUUCCUGGCGCUGUACGUGCUGUUCCUCGGCGACGAGGAGUUCGACGUGGUCGUGUGCGACCAGGUGUCUGCCUGUAUCCCAGUGCUCAAGCUGGCCAGACGGCGUAAGAAGAUCCUGUUUUAUUGUCACUUUCCAGAUCUGCUGCUGACCCGGAGAGAUUCAUUGCUGAAACGCUUAUACAGGGCCCCAAUCGACUGGAUAGAGGAAUACACCACAGGCAUGGCCGACUGCAUCUUGGUCAACAGCUGCUUUACAGCUGCCAUUUUCAAGGAAACAUUCAAGUCCCUAUCUCACAUAGACCCUGAAGUCCUCUACCCAUCUCUGAACGUCACCAGCUUUGACUCAGCUAUUUCUGAAAAGCUUGAUGACCUCAUCCCCAAGGGGAAGAAAUUCCUGUUCCUCUCCAUCAACAGAUACGAAAGGAAGAAAAAUCUGACUUUGGCACUGGAAGCCCUCGUAGAACUGCGUGGCAGACUGACGUCCCAAGACUGGGACAAGGUUCACCUCAUCGUGGCAGGUGGUUAUGAAGAAAGAGUCCUGGAGAACGUGGAGCACUAUCAGGAAUUGAAGAAAACGGUCCAGCAGUCCGACCUUGCGCAGUAUGUGACCUUCCUGCGGUCUUUCUCAGACAAACAGAAAAUCUCACUCCUCCACGGCUGUACCUGUGUGCUUUACACACCAAGCAACGAACACUUUGGCAUCGUCCCUUUGGAGGCCAUGUACAUGCAGUGCCCAGUCAUUGCUGUUAAUUCGGGGGGUCCCUUGGAGUCCGUCGUCCACGGUGUCACAGGAUUUCUGUGCGAGCCCGACCCCGUGCACUUCUCAGAAGCAAUGGAAAAGUUCAUCCAUGAACCUUCCUUAAAAACAACAAUGGGACUGGCCGGGAGAGCCAGGGUGAAGGAAAAGUUUUCCUCUGAAGCUUUUACAGAACAGCUCUACUGCUAUGUCACCAAACUGCUGGUAUAAUCAGAAUUUUUUAAAGGCCUUUAUGCUGUAUUCAUUAAUAGCGUGUUUUGGUAGUUUGUAGACUCACUUUUGAAACCGAGAAAGAAACCUGGAAUCUAUUGCAGAUGAGAUUAAAAGAAAAAUAUACUUGAAUCUUGAA